AUAGUAUGUCAGUCAAAUCACAUACUUGCUCUUAUAUUUUUAAGAGCCUAAAUAUUAAAUGAACAGCAACAAAAAUACAGUAAUUUGAAUAGCUGUUAGCAAGUUGUCGUGGAAUGAUUAUUAGGUUGUAAACCUGUUCUUCGUAUUUUUAUUUAUCAUACAAGAACCGCAAACAAACCAUCAUGGAUCUCUUAGUGUUAACGUGGUUUUUCUCUCUGCUCUUAACUUGUAGUACUUUACAGUACGAAGGUGAGAAAUGUGCUGUCCCAACUACAAACGAAAGUGGGGUCUGCAUUAGUGUACACAGUUGCGAAUAUGCAAGACAACUUUUAAAAGAAGGUGGAAAUCCCCAGUUCUGUGGGUUUAAAGGAAACGAUGCUUUGGUUUGUUGUCCUGUUAAUCAACGGUUGGUAACUAAAACUUCUGGUGAAAAAAGUCGCAAACUGUGUUCAAGACAAUAUGACAAGAAAUGGGUCUAUUACGCGAUAGAUUUGGGCAAAAAAGCACUGUCGAAGGAAUUUCCUCACAUGGCAGCGAUUGGUUACGGUGACAACAUUGCAAGCAUUGUGUGGUUGUGUGGAGGGACUUUAAUCAGCCAACAGUUCAUCCUAACGGCCGCUCAUUGUCUCUUCUCUCGGGACUUCGGACCGGCCACUUGGGUGCGUAUUGGCGACCUAGACCUCAAGAACGACACAGAAGAUGCUGACCCUAACGAUCUCCGAAUUAUAAAAACUUUUGCCCAUCCGAAAUACAAGUCCAGUUCGCAUUACCACGACAUUGCUUUACUCCAGUUAGAAAAGAACGUUACUUUCGGAAGUUACUACAAGCCUGCAUGCUUGCACCUUGACAACUCUGUGCCCACCUCACUUGAGGCCAUUGGAUGGGGCAAAGUCGGGGUUUUUGGUGACCCCAGUAGCCACCUUAUGAAAGUCGGUUUGGAAGUAGUGAAUUACCAAACGUGUGCAAAACGGUACUCCGAUGUGUCGAAAACGAAACUGAAGGAUGGGAUUGUGGAUGGGCUGCAGUUAUGUGCAGGGGAUGUUAUCGGGGGAGAUACUUGUCCUGGUGAUUCAGGUGGACCGCUCCAUUAUAGGUUUAAUGAGACUGACGAUAUGGUGAAGCAUUUUGUUGUGGUUGGUGUCACAUCGUUUGGUAAAGGAUGCGGGGGAGAAAACAGCAUUGGGGUCUAUACCAGGGUCUCGGGGUACAUUGACUGGAUCGAAAGUAUUGUCUGGCCAUAGUAAAAAUAAAUGAUUUUUGAAUAAAGUUUUAAAUACAA